AUGACUAAAGUCAAAAGAGAAUCCGAAAAUGAUGGUCCCGCCGGCGAUCGUGCUGACGCAUCGACAAAAGUGACCGAUAAACCAAAGGCUUACACCAUUAAAUACAAACGGCCUCGAGGCUCUAGGGCUUGUAAGGUUUGUCGAGCACGGAAAGUGCGCUGUGACGCCGAAAUUCAUAUCCCGUGCACAAACUGUAUCACCUUCGGAUGUGAAUGUUUACUUCCUGAGACCCGCAAGCGUGGACAAGCCACGGAAUCUGUCAAACGAAAAAUGCUGCCUGGAAUGUCUUCUGAACAUGCCGUCGAGAGUUCGCCCGCCAUGACUAUGGCCGCCACAAGCCAUCCAGAUACGGCCACUUUACUGUCGGUCACAGAGUAUGGCCUCAAAAUGGAGCUGCUGAAGAUGGCACCGCUGGAGCUGUCGCUGUCGCUGGGAGUUGGUCCGGCUGUACUGAAACCAAUCCACAAUAUCUCGCAGAUCAGCGUCCCUCCAUCGUUGACGUCUACAUACAAAACGAGGCCCUCCAUGCACAAGCGUGAUGUUAUGAAGAACAAGCGUGCGCUGUUAACAUUUGUGGGCAAUCUGUCCAUCCGAGUGAUGUCAUUUCUGAAUGGUCAACCACAUGUGGAGAUGACUCUGGAGCUAUUUGAGAAUACCGACCAGUCGCUUGACCUGGUAGAGUUGGAGAUCUUGAAGUUGAGGGGCGCUUUCUUGCUCCCGGGCGUUGAGUUGGCAUACGACCUCAUCGAACUGUACUUUGAACAUGUCCAUCCUCUAAUGCCCGUCAUUAACAGAGAGGAGUUCAUGCGGAAGUUCAAGGAUCCAGACGACAGUCCGUCAUUAAUGUUGCUACAGGCGGUAUUGCUAUGUGGCUCACGCGUUCUGAACAAUCCGCUUCUCUUUGAUAGCAAAGGUCUGAAGGAAUUGGCGUCACUCACGUUCUUCCGCCGUGCUAGAGCACUCUACGAGACAAAUUACGAAAGUGAUCCAACAUCUAUCUUGCAGUCCGUGAUCUUGAUUGGCUACUAUUGGGAUGGACCCGAGGACGUGACGCGGAACUCUUUCUACUGGACCAGAGUGGGUGUGAGUUUAGCGCAAGGUUUCGGUUUUCAUAGAGAUAUCUCGCGUUCUGAUGCUCUCUCUGCUACAGAAAAGAAAAUUUGGCGCAGAAUUUGGUGGUGUCUAUUUGAAAAAGACCGUAAUGUUGCCAUUGCGUUUGGUCGUCCAACCUCCAUCGAUCUUGCCGAUUGUGACGUACCAAUGUUAACGUUUGAGGAUUUCGAUGAGAGUGAUCCCGAAUUGGGAAUUGUCUCGCCGUACCCAGUCAAUCGCACCCACGCCUUAUACUUCAUCCAUCUUGUCAAGCUCGCCGAAAUCACGGGAAUCAUCAUCAAGCACCAAUACACAGUCAAGGCCGAGCAGAUGAGACGCAUCAACAAAUACUCCGUCAUCCAAAGAUGUGACAUGUUGAUGGGUAUCUGGUUCACCAACUUGCCCCCCGAGCUUCAGUUCUCCCUCACUGACACUCUGAAACAGAACUUCUUUGCUUGUCUCCUCAAUGCGCAAUACUACAAUCGAUUGUACUUAAUUCACAGAGCUAAUUUGGUGCGCAUGGCUCGUUCUGCUUCCACCAAUCCAAACAACUACAAGUACCCUUCAUGGGGUAUUUCUUUCCAGUCGGCUCGCAUGAUUUCCAUUGUCUCUAAGAUUCUUCUUGACAACCACAAGAUCAGGUACUGUCCCUCUAUGUUUGUUUACAUCUUAUUUAGUGCUUUGAUCAUGUUGGUUUAUCACGUUGAUUCUUCGAAUCAAGUCAUUGCGUCGACUGCGUCUGAUUCAUUGUUUAUUUCGCGGGCCGUCUUGAAGGAAUUAGGUAAGCACUGGGCUAUAGUCAGUGUGCUUAUAAAAUUGUUCGACAAACAGGCCAAUGACAAAAUCAAAAGAGCAGAGAUGAUUGAACGUGCAUCUUAUAUUCACGAGAUGGAAGAAAACAAGAGUGAUAUGGAAGCAUCAAGACAGAUGCACCUGACCACGUCUCCAACGCUGGCCACUUCAGGAAUUUCUCCACUCGGCGGCCAAUAUAGUGAAGCCGUUCAGGAUGCUGUCCAUGCUCAACCUGUCAAUCACUCUCCACCAGAUAUUGAGCAGUUGGUCCGUCAAUAUAAGCUGAACGGAGACCAAAACAGCAAAGAAACUCAAGGUGAGCCCACAACACAGUCAGGAAGGCAGUCGAAUCAUGAAACUUCACCUUCUUCGCAGCACUCGUUUCCUGAUAUCUCGUUGGUCACAGAAAAGAUGCCAACAAGUCAGAAUUUUUACGAGAACUUCGAGCCUACGCAGUUGUUCCCCCAUGCUUUUACCAGUGUACCACCUUCACAGUCACAUACACCGAUGCCCGAUGGAGAGAGUGGAUUCAUUCGUCCGAAAGAAGAGAUCGCAGAUUCGCAAACGCCAUACCAUGGAAGUGGGCUUGGUCCCAAUACUAACAUGAGCAAUGGAGACUUGUUCACGAACUUCAUGGACAGUUCGUACAUCAAUAUGAACUUACAGGCCAACGUCGAUCAGGACAAUAUGUUGCAUGACGAUCUCAGCACCCUUUUCAACUUGCAGGGCUAA